ACAUUAUGGCGACAGAACCAGCAAUAAGCCCCAAUAAAUAGGCCUAAGGAGCAUGUGGAAAAUUCAGAUAGUUCACAAUUCCUAAAAAUGACAGGCAAAGAUAGAAAAACUGACCGACACACAUUUUUUGUAUAAAAAGAACAAUGUCAGAACUUUUUUUAUUUGGUUCAAUUACAGAUGAAAUUGUACCUCUUACAAAAAUUUGAGCUUUGAUGCUGCAAUAAAUCGUGUAUUCUGUUUUAGUAUAGAUUUCUAUAUGGUCCUUCACAAAUAGGCUGAUCUGAGACUUCAAUUCCACAACUUCAAAGCUUUAACAAUUAAACCUGUGACACCUUGAAAAGGCUGAUAGCAAUUAAAGGUUGAUUAUUGAUAUGAUGCAUUUGUUACUCCAUUUUCGGAAGAACAUAGAAACCAACCUCCCCAACAAUACGACAAGUCUUUAGUCAAGAGAGAGAUUACGUCAAAAAAAGCACAAAGUUUACAGUCUAAAUAUAAGAUUAGGUCAAAGUAACCACAAGGCACAAGUGCAUUAAUGAAGUGGUAGAAACAGCAACUACGACAACAUAGGUGGGUGAGCAUUUAGAGCAGAACAAGGAUGCGUGAGGUUGCCAGUUGGUUGUACAACAUACUGACAAAAGAUUUGCAUCAGGCAUUUCCACAUGGGACCAUUAUGCUUUCCUAGUUUCCAACACCCCACGCUCUAAGUUGAUGUUCGUUGCCUAUGAACCAAAAUCAGCUGACCAAUUGGUGAUCUUAUUAAUGGCAGUCUUUGCUCAGUGCUGAAGCUUCUGCACUUGAAACAAGUUCCAUCUUUCUGCAUUAGAUUUUCCCAAAAACUUUGAUAAUCCACCCAAAGACGUGAUUAAGGUUGAUGCAGUCUUUACUGUGGAUUUUAAGGUUGUUGAAUAUUAGUCAAGAUGGAGAAAUUGGAAGAAGCAUCGUUUGCUGAAACACCAACAUGGGCCGUAGCGACAGUCGUCACAGUUUUGGUGAGCAUUGGUUUCUUAAUCCAUAGCAGUUUGAACAAGUUUGGAAAGUGGUUGCACAGGACGAAAAGGAAACCUCUUUAUGCUGCGCUAGAGAAAAUCAAGGAAGAGCUUAUGGUUUUUGGACUGCUAUCACUGCUAAUGGGUCAUUGGAUCAUUUAUGUUGCAAAGAUUUGUGUCAAGUCAUCAGCCUUGAGCAGCCACUUCUAUCCAUGUUCUCCGCCAAGAAACAAGAGCGAAUCAGCAAUUACGCGAUUUGUUUUAUCAGGUUCUUCAUACUUGAAUUCAAGUUCAAGGCUGCUUUUAAGCAGCAGGAAUGAAGAUCUUUGUCCUGAGGGUCUCCAAUCGUUUGCUUCAAAGGAGAGCCUGGAGCAGCUCCAUCGUUUAUUGCUUGUCCUCGGUGUUAGCCAUGUGUCUUAUAGCUUUUUCGCCAUCGCCCUGGCAAUGAUCAAGAUAUAUAGCUGGAGAACAUGGGAAAACUAUGCCAAGUCAAUGGCUCUUCAAAGAUUGGAAGGUUCUGAAGAAGCUGUCCCAAACAACAGGAGAAUGGGGCGUAUAUCAACUUUUACUUUUCACCACACUGCUCACCCAUGGAGCCAGCACAGGGCUCUUGUUUGGCUGCUUUGUUUCAGCCGCCAGUUCUGGAGUUCUAUAAAUGAAGCUGACUACAUGGCGUUGCGCCUGGGUUUUAUUACUACUCAUCAGCUGCCAUUAACUUAUGAUUUCCAUAAGUAUAUGCUUCGAAGCAUGGAGGAAGAAUUUCGUGAUAUUGUUGGUAUUAGUGUUCCACUAUGGAUUUUCGUCAUACUUUGUGUAUUUUUAAGCUUUCACGGCACUAAUAUCUACUUCUGGAUCUCCUUCUUUCCUGCUAUUUUAAUCCUUCUGGUUGGUACCAAGCUUCACCAUGUGGUGGUUAAGCUGGCAGUUGAAAUCAUGGAUAGCAGUCCACGGGAAGGAUUUCAUCAGUUUAACCUCAGAGAUGAGCUAUUCUGGUUUGGGAAGCCUAGGUUUCUGCUACGGAUAAUACAAUUUAUAUCAUUCCAGAACGCAUUUGAGAUGGCAACAUACAUUUGGUCACUGUGGGAAAUUAAGGGAUCAUCGUGUUUCACAGAAAAUCAAACCUUUCUCGUGAUUCGCUUGUCAUUUGGGGUUAUUUCUCAAUUCUGGUGUAGCUUUGUCACAUUUCCACUCUAUGUUAUUGUUGCUCAGAUGGGUUCCAGAUACAAGAAGACAAUUGUUUCAGAGAAUGUUAGGAAGUCGCUACAUGGAUGGCGACACAAGGUGAAAACCAGACUCGAGGGUUCAAUUGUUAAUCCAGAAAGAUUAUUAGUGACCACAUCAUUAGACUCAGUGGAGGAUGAGACAGAUCAAAUUCAUAGCAUUGCUACCAACAGCAUAGCGGGAUGCUCCCCAUUGUUCGAAAAUACCAGGGUCUCAAACCAACAAAUCGCUUUUGAGCAAAAUUGCACGAAUGAAAUCUCAGAAUGUGAUGAUGAGUUACAUGUUCCAUUUUCUCCUCGAAAUUGAGGAGAGGUUUGGUGAAAAAUAUGAUGAUGGAUCAAACAAUGACAAUAUAAUUUCGUGCCUUCUACUACUAGAACCACAACCUUAGACAUAUAUAUAUAUAUAUAUAUUACAUGUUAUGUUA